UUGAAAUAUCGCCAUUAUACUGCGCAGAGCAAACAAAAGAGGAACGUCUGGUUCAUCUGUCAGAGUCUCGUACAUUUUACAUUUCUUUCUUUCAUUCUUCAAAAAUAUAGUUUAUAGACAAUUUUCCAAUGGCACAAAGUCCAACAAGUGGAGCCGUCAAGGCUCUACAGCUCGAAUUGAAGAAAAUUGUUAGCGAACCAGUUGAGGGUUUUCGAGUGAAAUUACUUGACGAUGAGAAGUUAUUCGAAUGGGAAGUAGCAAUAUUUGGGCCUCCUGGAACACUGUACGAGGGCGGCUACUUCAAGGCCAUUAUGAAGUUCCCACAUGACUACCCAUAUGCUCCACCCAGUGUGCGAUUCGUCAACAAAAUGUGGCAUCCAAAUGUGUAUGAGAAUGGAGAUGUGUGUAUAUCGAUCCUGCACCCUCCAGUGGAUGACCCUCAGAGUGGAGAGGAACCUUCUGAGAGAUGGAACCCCACUCAGAACGUCCGAACUAUUUUGCUCAGCAUAAUUUCCUUACUAAAUGAACCGAACACGUUUUCACCUGCCAACGUUGAUGCGUCAGUCAUGUACAGGAAGUGGAAAGACUCACGGGGAAAGGACAAGGAAUAUGAGACUUUGAUAAGGAAACAGGUGCUUCAAACUCGCGACGAAGCCGAGAAGGAUGGAGUAAAGGUGCCAAUGACAUUGCAGGAGUACUGUGUUUCCACUGCACCGAAAAAUGAACCAAAUGAUGUAGACUUUUGCGAUUAUGACUAUGGUGAUGAUUGUGAUGACGAUGAUGAUGAGGACAACAUGUAUUAUGAUGACGAUGAUGACUCUGGGAACGAGGAGUCGUGAUUCAACGUCAUUCUAGUUCCAUCAUCAUUUGUGAAUAUAGCAUUCAAAUUGGAAUAGAUGUGUUUCUUUUUCCUUUUUCUUUUCUGAAGACCUUGAAUGGUUUGCAUUAGAAAUAUGCUGAAUUCCAAAAGUCUUAGUCGGGUAAAUGUAAGACAUACAGAAGGUAGUGCAGGUAAUAGGUCUUAGUAACAGACUUGAAAAAUGCCUUGCUACAUUUCUCAUAUUGUCACGUUCAAGUACAAGUUUUAUUGGGCUUUGGUUUUAUGCGUUAAGUUUAAAAGUAUACAGACAUUGUUACAAAUUUUCUUUCAGGGAUUAAAAAUGCAUUUUUUUACAGGAUAAAAAGUUCCCAAACGCUUUUUAAAUGACAUUUAAGUUUACAUAAUUGAAGGGUUCUUUGUAGCUUCUUAAGCUGUAGAUGAACUGUAAAUUGUUUUAUAUUCCAGUAUUUGUUGGAUUAUACCCAAUUUAUUGACACACAUUGCCAUUUGUUUACCCCUUGCUUGAUGCUUAAUACUGGAUUAACCAGGUCUGUCGGUCUGAUUUGUAGGCGAAGUACUUUCAACAAAAUUUGCGUGCAUGACUUUGUUUCAUAUGAUAUAAAGUUGUGAAGUGCAAUUUUCACUGCUGUUUGCUAAAAAUCACAAAAAUAAUGCCCCCUUUCAAUAUAGAAUUUGUAUGAUGUGAUCGUGAAGACAUGCUACAUAUAACUAGAUGUAGUGUUAUUAGAAACCAGAACCUCUAUUAACAGCUUAACUGAUAUUCAUUUUCCCUUCUUUAAGUAAUGACGCAGGUGCAGACUUCAAAUUUGGGGAAUUUUAGUUUUCUCUAUGGCUAAAAAGGGCACAAAUGGCAAGAUGCGUUUAAUUUUUGUUUAAAUAUUGCCAUAUAUACAUGUCAUAUUGGUUUAUAUAUUCAGAAAUGUAAUAAGUACAUAUUGUGAUUUGACUUCUGGAAAAGAUGACUUGUCUUAAAUUUUGUAUAAAGAAUCUCAGAAAUUUUAAAAGAUGUUUUUUCACUGGUGAGAUUCUGCUCUAAUUCUGCUCCACACAACACUCGUGAAAAUAGUUACGUACAACUCAUUUUUGUGUUUUUAUGACUUGUUUGAAUUUCACAAUCAAUGUCUGCAAAUAUUAAGUGCAUCCUAUUUCAUAUGAUACAUUUUGUGAGUCUGUCAAUGUCAAGAUUGUUUACCAUACAUUUUCUGAGUCUGUCAAUGUCAAGAUUGUUUACCAUACUUUUUGAAAGAGGAGAAAAUAACUUCAACUUGAAAUGGUUGUUUAAAUUGUGAAACAGAUUUGGAAUUUUAAGAAGUUAAUUUUGGGAAAAUCAAAGUAGUCUUAGCUUAAUGUGUUUCUUUUUGGUGAAUAUAUUAUUGCCAUAUUGUAAUUAUUGAUAAUGUUAAACUAUUGUAUUGUUUUCAUUUAGUUGAGUUGUUUGAGUAUUUUUUAUGUUAUAUUUAUAUUUAUUUUCAGUAUUUAUUUGUGCUUUUAAUUGUGUUUGCAAGUGAAUUUUCUGUUUGUUAAUGCCCUGUAAAACUUCAUAUGUUCGCUAAUUGCAUGCCGAGAGAACCUUUGGGUACUUAAAAGUGGUAUAUCUGUGGUGUUUCCCAGAAAUAUUGACACAUAUAAAACUGUUAAAUAUGACAACUUCAUAAACAAUUACAUAUUGGUAUGAAUAUUACAAAAAUAUGUAAACAAAGCUUUAAGUACUGACCUGUGGAAAUUUUCUUUGUGACCUUUGCUUGUACAUCAAAUUGUUUGCCAACUAUUUAUACAAAGAAUGCCAUUGUAUUCAACAAAUAUUACAAAAAUUGCUCUUAAUCUUCAUUUUUACAUCACAUUGUAAUGUCAUCUCCCAUGGAUGUGUCCCUUUAAUGCCCCCAAAACUGUCUGCAUUGCUGGUGAUGGAUUGUACUGCUGUUCACACAUUAUCCAAAUAUUUGUAAUAUUUCAAGCUUUUUUUCGAAUGCUAGGACAUAUCUAGAAAAAGGGAGAUUGUUUCAAGCAUGUAUAAUUUCAAAAUAAUCAAAACAAAAAACAAAUCUAUUUUUCAUUUAUAUAGUACACAUUUAUUCAUGAUCUAUAUAGUAGAAAGUUUGGAAAUGUGUGCUUUUUAUUGAAACAGCUGUAUGAGCUUGUAACUUUGUGUACUUGCCCUAUCAAAUAAUAGUUUUUUAUUACAGAUUCCAGCAAUAUUUACUUGUCAGGUUUCUCAAGCAAGUGUGUUGCAAUGAAAACUUGAAAUCAAUUGAAUUUUAUGUGCUCACACUUUUGAAUCUUUACUGCUGUGAAACACUAUAUUAUCAUUUAAUGUUUAUUUGGAAUUAGACAUCAAACUCAGAAUGGACGUCAUUUUGGUUAUUUUCUCACACAAAAUUGUGUUCAUUUCAUGUUCUGUAUGUAUGUAUGCUUGACAUAUUAUGUAUAUGCUUUAGGUCUAGUAUGACUGUUUUUCUUUACUUAUUGUAAAUCUUUGAAACUGUAUUUUUAAACUGUGUUCAAACGUGCAUAGAAUUGGUUUCAUUUUUAUUGAUUUCUUUUUUAAUCCAUACAAGCAUAUAUAAUUUUUGGGUAAAAGCAGUUAAUUACGCAAUUCUGUAUUCAGGUGGCUAUUUUACUUAAAUUUGUCAACAUAAAUAAAUACGACAGGUACAAUUGCAUAUACAUAUAUUAUUGUUGAAUACACAUAUUUUGUUUUUUGCUUGAUGUAUUAUUCCAAUUCCACAUAAUACGUUGGUUUAUGUAAUAUGUAAUAAUUAACAACCACAAGAACGCUGUGUGUCUGUGUGCAUAAUGUAUGACAUGUAUUUGUUAUUAAGUCAGUUAUUUUGCAUUUACCUGACACAUUACAAAGCUCAAUACUGUCCAUUCUCAGUUGCAAUCCUAUCCAUCUACCUUACACAGAGCAGGCCUUUAUUUCUCCUCUUGUCAGCUGAUUUCCACCUGAGUGUCAAUUUUGAUUCACCUACACUGCUUAUAUGUAGCUUUAAUAGAUGUGCAUCGUUGUAACCCACUUAAUUCAAGUAAGCCAUGCUUCUUGAUUGACAAUGGGAUAUUUGGCUAGCAAAGAAUGAGAAUUUGAUUUUUUUUGUCCAAUUAUGCUGGAAAAUUGAAAUUCGCGUUUUCAAAGCAGCUACAGUGCAGUGGAGUUUUUGUCAUAUUUUCCAUAAUCAAUUUAAAUGUCCUUUGCUGAUAAGACUUUUAACGGGCAUAUAAACGUGCAGUUUAAAUUCAAUUGUAACUAUUUGGCAAUAAAUAUUUAUAUUUAUUAUGAAAACAAAGUUUUGUCCCUGGUUUUAUGAUGUACUGACAACGGAAUAUAUACCGUAGGUUGUGGCGAUGAUAGAUGGUUUAAAUAAUGACGACAUUCGGUCGACUCCGUAAGGAGGGUGGGUGGGUUAUUUUCCUCACCAAGGUAUUUCCAAUGUCAUCAUCCUGAAAGAAAAGAUGUUUAAAACUUUAAAAUCUGAAUUUAUUAACUUGAUUAUUUAAAAUCAGAACAACUCGAAACUGCAGUUGUAAAAAAGUUUUCGUUUUGUUUAUUAUUUGCUGGUAUGAAUGUGUACGUUUUAAAAGUUAUUUGUGUAAGUGAGAAGACAUUAUGUAUUGAUAGUCGUUUUGCACCUUAAAUGUUGCAUGUCUAACUCUGUGUUGACGGUUUUAACUGUGCAGAAAUUACACUGAAAUACAAUAAAAUUGUAUCGAAAGUUG